CAUCUCCCACCCACUGCACACUGUUCAGCUGCAGCUCUGCUCUCUCCGUCGCCCCACCACUCAGAUCCAGUGAUCCACCCACCUACCUGCCUCUCGCCCAGCUCCGGCCGCCGGCGAUGGCCGUGUCCCUCUCCUUCCCCAUCCCGAUCCCGCCGGCGCUGCUCCACGCCGCCGCGGCGCUCGCCCUCGCCGCCGCCGCCCACUUCCUCCACCUCCCCUCUCUCUUCCUCUACGCCCUCCACACCUACAUCCACCCCGACGCCGUCCCCUCCAACACCCCGCGCGCCGUCCUUCGCCCGCCCGGCUCCGACGCCGGCCCCGCCAAGGGCUCCUCCAAGCGCGGCGCCGCCGCCGCCAAGGACACGUUCGACGCCACCUCCGCGCAGCUCUACCGCCUCCGCCUCUCCCACUCCACGCUCGCCUCGCGUCCCCACUUCGGCGCCUACCACGCCGCGUUCCUCCUGCCGCUCGCGCUCCUGCCUCCCGCGCUCCUCCUCCCGCCCGCCUCCGCGGCCUCCCCGCUCGCGCCGCUCGUCCCCGCGGCAUACCUCUUCGUCGCGCUCCUCCGCCACGUCGUCGUCCCGUCGCCGCGCCCCGCGCAGCUCGCCGCCGCGCUCGGCGCGCUCCUCGUCACCACUCUGAUUUCCUCCAGCCCCUUCGCCGGCGCGCUCGCGUCGCUCGCCGCGCUCCCGGCCGCGCGGUUCGCGCGCGCGUUCUGGCUCGGCACCGACCAGCCCCGCACCGGGCUCGCGGUGCUCGCGUCGUCCGCGCCCGCGCGCCUCCUCCUCUACCUCGCCGUCCUCGUAUCCUCCGUGGCCUCGAUCCUACAAUGCUGCGGGUUCGUGGACGGCGCGGAGCAGGAGGUGAGGCUGCUCGCCGCCGCGGCUGGGCUGCAGCUGCUGGCCGCGCGGCCGGCCGUGCAGAUGUACCUCAACGAGGCCGUCUUCUGCUGGUAUCAGCGGCUGCACGCGAGCCGCGCGCCGGACACGGAGUACGGCCGGGCCAAGGUGUUCUUGCACAACCAUCACCUCUGCGCCGUGGCCACACAGCUCGUUGCGCCGCCAUUGCUUGUGCUGUCACUGCUUGCAUUGUGGCGGGUGCAAGGGAAGGACUUCUUUGAGGGCUUGGAGGGACUGGGUUGGCUUGUUGGAUGGUCUGUUGCCAUGAAGGAGGCGGCAUUGCUUGCGGCCCGGUGGGUCGUGGCUGUGUGGUCGGCGGUGACUGUGAUCACGCUUGUUUGCUACAAACGUGGAUGGUUAUUCGUCUUGUGAUCAGUCCGUCCUUAGCUUGUUUUCUGCCUGUGUGAUUGCUUCGGACGAAGCUGGUGUCUGAUGAGGUGGAUUGCCGGAGUUUUGGUACCACGGCACAAGUUUUUGUGUGCACUGUUAUGUUGCAAGAGCAAUGUUGGAUCAAUUCUUUUGAAUUUUCUUGUGUCUGUCCUUACUGGAGAAGCAAUUUGAGAUCAAUUUUUUUUUUCUCCCUUUCGGGGUGGAGUAAUGUUACAGAAAACUGACUGGUCAGUCACCCUGUUGUACUCUUUGAUGGAUAUAUCAAUGGAUCACAUUUUUGCUUUUAUCACCAGAA